AUGCAACAAAUCCUUCAACAGCAACAAAGUCAGCAAAGAACAGAUUCAGCAAUUCAAAAUAUAGAAAGACAGAUUGGGCAGUUAGCUUCCAGCCUUAAUCAAAUGCAAGCUCAAGGAUCAAGUCAACUGCCUUCACAAACAACUCCUAAUCCUAAAGGGAAUGUUAGUGCUUUAACUUUGAGAAGUGGGAAAAGAGUUGCAGAAUUUUCAAUUGAAGAAACUGCUGUUGGAAAGUGUCCAGAAAUCCAGCAACAAGGUUCCAGUAGUGAAGGAAUUCAGACAGAGCAGAAUGUGCCAACUUCGGGUUUAACUCAAAGUUCCACUGAUCCAUUGAAUAUGGAGCAUUCACAAGGAAGAAAUAGUUGCAUUCCGGGAAUUUCCAGCAAGUUUUCUCCAGAUGAGCAGUUUCCAGCAGCAGCAACUCCAGAAAGCAGCAAAUUUGGAAAUGCAGGAUUUCAGAAUUCAGAGCCGAGCAUUCCAUUGCCUUUCCCUCAACGCAAAGUACAACCAAGGAAGAAUGUAGAGGAGGAGAAAGCAAAGGAGUUCCAAGAGCUUGUGGAUUUAUUUAGCAAGGUGGAAGUAAAUGUUCCUUUACUCACAAUGAUCAAGCAAAUUCCAAAAUAUGCAAAAUUUUUGAAGGAUCUUUGUGUGCAUAAGAAGAAAUUGAAGGGGAAUGAGUUGAUUAGCAUGGGCAAAAAUGUAUCUGCACUUCUUCAACCAGUUCCUCAGAAAUGUGAAGAUCCUGGUGUGUUUACAGUCCCUUGUGAGAUUGGAAGUAGUCUUUUUAAGGAUGCCAUGCUAGAUUUAGGAGCUUCAAUUAAUGUGAUGCCAAAAUCAGUUUUUCAGACUUUAGGCAUUGGACCAUUACAACCUACAGGAGUAAUCAUUCAGUUAGCUGACCGCAGUCAGACUCAUCCAGCUGGAGUUAUUGAAGAUGUAUUGGUUAAGGUGAGAGAACUCAUUUUUCCUGCAGAUUUUUAUAUCCUUGAUAUGGAGGGAGACUAUCUGGCCAGUAGAUCUCCACUCAUUCUAGGACGACCUUUCUUGAAAACUGCGAGGACAAAAAUUGAUGUUCAUGCGGGCACACUGUCUAUGGAGAUAGGUGAUACAGUGGUUCAAUUCAGUAUUUUUGACGCUAUGAAACAUCCUAGAGAGGAUCAUUCUAUUCUUAGUUUGGAUAUCUCAGAGGAGCUGGAUAGUGUGGAUUUCUUUUCAGAGAUUGAUGCAGAUUUUGUAGAGAUUGGUUUCGGUGAUGUUUCAGUUACAGCUUUUGAAGACGUUUCAAAUUUGGGGGUGUAUGUUAAGUCAUGUGAAUUAUUUUCGAUGGAGUCAGAAGAAGUAUGCGUAGGGGAUUGCUUAGGAGAAGCUUUAUCCUUAGGAUCGCCCAGAGAAGAAGAAGUAUGCGUAGGGGAUUGCUUAGGAAAAGCAUUACCCCUAGGAUCGCCUUCUAUUGAUCAGACACAGGAUGAGUUGAAGCCGUUGCCUUCACAUUUAAAGUAUGCUUACUUAGGAGAAAACCAGCAAUUGCCUGUCAUCAUAGCCCAGAAUUUAGAGCCAGAACAAGAAAGCAGAUUAUUGGAGAUUCUGAGACAGCACAGGAAGGCCAUUGGAGGGACUUUAGCAGAUAUUCCUGGUAUUAGUCCUUCUAUUUGUAUGCACAGGAUUUAUUUGGAGGAGGAUGUGAAACCAGUGAGACAACCCUAGAGGAGACUUAACCCACUGAUCCUUGAUGUAGUCAAGAAAGAGGUGACUAGACUUCUACAGGCAGAUAUCAUUUACCCUAUUUCUGACAGUAAGUGGGUAAGUCCCAUCCAUGUGGUUCCAAAAAAAUCAGGGGUGACAGUUGUGACUAAUGAAGAGAAUGAGUUAGUGCCCACCAGAGUGAAGAAUUCUUGGAGAGUUUGUGUGGACUAUAGGAAGUUGAACCAAGCAAGCAGAAAGGACCACUACCCCCUACCAUUUAUUGAUCAGAUGUUGGAGAGACUAGCGGGCAAGUCACAUUAUUGCUUCCUUGAUGGUUACACGGGAUAUUUUCAGAUUUGCAUCGACCCAGAGGAUCAGGAGAAGACCACCUUCACUUGUCCUUUCGGUACAUUUGCCUACAGACGGAUGCCAUUUGGACUAUGCAACGCUCCAGGAACCUUUCAGCGAUGCAUGGUAAGCAUAUUUGGUGAUUUAUUAGAGCAUUGCAUGGAAGUUUUCAUGGAUGAUUUUUCUGUAUAUGGUUCAUCAUUUGAUGCAUGUCUAGAAAAUCUGUCUAGGGUUUUAGAUAGAUGCAUUGAGACUGAUUUAGUGCUUAAUUUUGAAAAAUGUCAUUUUAUGGUUGAGCAUGGCAUUGUUUUAGAACACAUAGUCUCUAGGAAAGGAAUUGAGGUAGAUCCUGCUAAGAUUAGUGCUAUAUCUUCCUUAUCUUAUCCCGCAUGCGUGCGGGAUGUUCGAGCUUUUCUUGGUCAUGCAGGAUUUUACAGGAGAUUUAUUAGAGAUUUCAGUCAGAUUGCUCUUCCACUGUCUCAGUUGCUUCAGAAAGAUGUUGAGUUUCAUUUUGAUCAAAAGUGUAAGGAGGCUUUUCAGAAAUUGAAGGAGGCAUUGAGUUCUGCACCUAUUAUCAGGUCACCAGAUUGGACUCUACCAUUUGAGCUUAUGUGUGAUGCUUCAAAUUUUGCUGUAGGGGCAGUUCUUGCGCAAAGAGUAGAUGGAGCACCACAUGUUAUCUGCUAUGCAUCGAAAACCUUGGAUUCAGCUCAAGCGAAUUACACCACUACAGAAAAAGAGCUUCUUGCCAUUGUUUUUUGCUUUAGAUAAAUUUCGAUCAUAUUUACUUUGUUCUCACGUGGUUGUAUUUUCUGAUCAUGCAGCUUUGAAGUUCCUCCUCAAGAAGCCAGAUGCUAAACCUAGAUUGAUUAGAUGGAUGCUUCUUCUCCAGGAGUUUGAUUUGGAGAUUCGAGAUAGGAGUGGGAAGGAAAACUUGGUUGUCGAUCACUUGAGCAGAAUUGAAGGGGACGUGGAUCAUACGACUAUUGAUGAUGAUUUUCGAGAUGAGCAGCUUUUUCGGAUGCAUGUGAUCAGAUCAUUAGAAGAUGCAUACCUGAUUGUGAGUUUCAGUCUGUACUUGCAUUUUGUCAUUCAUCUGAGUUUGGAGGGCAUUUUGGACCGCAGAGGACUGCUAGGAAAGUCUUGGAGUAUGGUUUUUAUUGGCCUACUAUUUUUCGUGAUGCCUAUGUUUUUUGUAGAUCAUGUGAUAAGUGUCAAAGGACUGGGAAUAUAGGACCUAAGAAUGAAAUGUCUCAGUACUACAUGUUAUUUUGUGAGAUAUUUGAUGUAUGGGGUAUUGAUUUCAUGGGUCCAUUUCCUGUUUCUUUUGGAUUUUCAUAUAUUUUGUUGGCAUGUGAUUAUGUUUCCAAAUGGGUGGAGGCCAUUCCCACCAGGACUGACGAUUCUUCAGUUGUUGUGAGUUUUGUCAGGACACAUAUUUUCUGCAGGUUUGGAGUGCCUAAAGCAAUAAUUAGUGAUCAGGGGACACAUUUUUGUAAUAGACUCAUGAAGGAAAUGCUGAGUAGAUAUGGGGUUUCACAUAGAAUUUCAACUCCUUAUCAUCCUCAAACAAAUGGACAGGCUGAGGUGUCAAAUAGAGAAGUGAAGAGAAUUUUAGAGAAAACUGUGAGGCUUGACAGGAAAGAUUGGAGUAAGAGAUUAGAUGAUGCACUUUGGGCUUACAGAACCGCUUUCAAAACUCCUAUAGGGAUGUCUCCAUAUAGAAUGGUGUAUGGUAAAGCUUGUCAUCUUCCAGUGGAGAUUGAACACAAGGCAUAUUGGGCAGUUAAAGCUUGUAACUUAGAUGCUAGUCCAGCAGGAGAAGAAAGGAAAUUGCAACUCCAAGAGCUUGAAGAAAUUCGGUUAGAGGCAUAUGAAAACUCACGGAUCUAUAAAGAAAAGACCAAGAAUUUUCAUGACAAGCACCUUGUGGGUAAGGAAUUUCAUAUAGGGGAUAAAGUGCUUUUGUAUAGGUCGAGGCUCAAAUUGAUGAAAGGUACGUUGAGAUCUCGUUGGGAGGGUCCAUUUAUUGUAACUAAUGUUUUCUCUUAUGGAGCUAUUGAGAUUAGGGAUGUAUCUACCGGACGGAUUUUCAAGGUGAAUGGGCAUCGACUUAAGAUCUUUCAUGAGGCUAACAAUGGAGUGGAGGUGGAGAGAAUGAGCCACACCGGAGCAACUUAUCCAAUUAAAGGGGAGUUUCUUUCAACUUAGUUUUCCCGUUUACAUUUAUUAUAUGCAAGUUAGUUGCUAAAUAAAUUCUUUGUUUACAAAUAAUAAAUUUAGUAUAUAAAAAAAAAUUCUUUAAUGUAGAUAAUCUCCUUGUAGAACUCAGUUUUGAGACUUGAAAUAAGGAAAAAAUGACACCCCCUUUACAUGAUUCGAUGACAUGUUAGAAAUGGAGGAAGUUAGCUAUUUUUGAUUGUUUAGUUUUAAGCUUAAUGUCAAGAUUGGACUUUUAAUUUUCUUGAGGUUGCUAUUUAAUAAUGGAAACUAGAUUGAUGAGAUGAAGUGAUACUUUUAAUACCUAGUGAGAAUUAAGCCGCAUAUGUGUGAUGCACUCAUGUUAUUGCAACUCUAGAACUUGCUUUCAUUCUUUCAAAGCCACAAUUAAUGGACAAUUUUGCACGUAUCAGGGUUAUCUUUGUACUAUUUUUCCACACUAUUUUGCCAUAAACUCUUAUUUCCAUCAUAUCUUUAUAAUCCUUUUCAUUUCAAAAUUUAUGGUUAUGGGGACACAAGAUGUUAUGUGAUGGAUUCUUUGGCCGAGACGGACAAAGGUUUAAGUGUGGGGGAGAUGUGUGGCGUCUAGUUCUUGAGUUUUAGAUGUCAAGAGCAAGUUUCAUAACCUUGAAAGUUGGAAAUUGAUUUUGGUCCAGUAAUGAUUUCAAUAAUUCAGUUUAAGAAUCAUGGAAAUUGCCAAUGUUUUGAAAGGCUGGAAUUUUGUAUAAAUGAAGAGUUCUUAAGAUGAUAUGUUAAAUAUAUCCAAUUCUUGAAUUUUAUCAUGUUAAGAGCAAGUUCUAACAGCUUUGAGUUUCGGAGAUUGAUACUAUGCUGAUACAAGUUGAAAGAGGAUAUGGAAUGCUAAUGGUGUUGCUGCCCUGAACAUUUGGACAAUACUGCAUAGUAGAAUUCCAGGCAGUUACAAGAGGCUAAAAUUAUGUUCUGUUGUAGCUGAAGAAGUGUAUCUGUAGAGUGAGAAAGUUUAUACAUUCAUGUGGAAGCUUGGAGUUGGGAAACAGGAACAACAGAAUUUUAAAUCAAGGGUACCAAUCUGAAAUGCAGAAAUGCAGAAGUGCAGGAAUUACAGUUUAGUGAAGCUAUGUAGAUUUCAAUGGUUGAAUUCUGGACAUGGCAAAUUGCAGCAAGGGAACAUUAGUGAAUGAGAGUAUUGGAGUCAAUUGGCUAAGCAAUUGAAAUGGAGAAGUGAUUUCAGAAAUUAUUUUGAGGUGCUGAAGAUGUAUGUUGUUAACAAAUGUAAUGCGGAAGUAGGAUAAUUGCAGAAUAUGAGAAAUGCUGGAACUUUGUAUCAAAGGAGUAUCAAAAGAUUAGUAGCAACAUCUGAACAAGAAAGUGAUUAGAGCUAACCCCAGGAUGAUCCAAAACAAAUGGUAUUUCAACCUUCUAUGACCCUUACAAAGUCUGUAACUGUGAAAGUGAAAUUCAAUAACUUAACUUACUGUAUCCAGAAGCUGUAAUUUGCAAGAAAUUGUGAGGAAGUUGGAGAUGCAGAAAUAACCAAAAGGGAAAGGAAGCUAAACGGGUGGUAGUCAUUAAUCGGAAUGCAUCCAUUGAAAAAUCUGGAAACUGCUUAAAUCUGGGAGUCAACUAGUUUCAGGAAAUUGAGGAAGUGCAGGAACCAAUUGCUAAUCAGAAACAAGGAUCUGAACCUUAUGCAGUUGAUGAAUUUUGGAAGACAAGUGGCAUUUGAGGAUAGAUGCAUACAAUUGCUGAAUUUGUCUCUGAAAUGUUCAGAAGUUGAUGAGGAAAGAACAAAGGUGCGGGGCUCUAAUUCUGUAGUGUCAAGUUAAUGUUUAUUCAGUCCAUGAAGCCAGUAAAUAUUGAAUU